AUGGAAAACCAGCUCUCAUUCUGGGAGAAGAUGAAGUUCUACUCCGUGAUUGGGGUAGGGUUCUUCGCCGAUGGGUGGGCGAACAGUAAUAUUGGCCUGAUCACCCCCAUGGUUGGAUACAUCUUCUUCCAGGACACAAAGAAUGCGAUCCCAUUAAGCCAGUCCGGUGCGAUCAAAGCAACCGGAAAGAUCGGUAUGCUGGUCGGCCAGCUCGCCUUUGGAUUUCUCGGUGAUACUCUCGGGCGGCACAAAGUAUAUGGACGAGAACUAUUCUUCACCAUGUUCGGUAUCUUAAUGUGCACCUUGCUCCCGUGGAAAGGCCUGAGCCACAACGCCAUUGUAGUUUGGUUAAGUGUUGGACGAUUUAUCACGGGCAUCGGUCUCGGCGGCGACUACCCCAUGUCAGCCUCUUUAGCACUCGAAAAGGCCGACUCAAACGCUCGCGCAAAAGUUGUCAUGUCCACUUUUUUCCUCUCUGCAAUCGGCAAUGUUUCGGCUUCCAUCACAUUUGUGAUCCUUCUUGCGGUCUUCAAGGGCUCCAUUGAAAACAACAUCCACAGCUUGGAGUGGGUUUGGAGACUACUCAUGGGCUUACCUCUCCUUCCUUGCUUUCUUACGAUAUAUUCACGCUUGACGAUGAAAGAAACGAGGCCCUAUGAAGAGUACGUUCGGCACGCGAGCUCGGAGUCCGCAACGGAGAAACCUCGAAGCAUUCGUGAACAGUUUCAUGAUUUCCGCCUAUAUUUUAGCCAGUACCGCCAUGCCAUGGCGCUGUUCUCUGCAUGUGCAGGUUGGUUCUUAUUUGACAUAUGUUCGGAUGGUGUUGGUCUGAAUCAAAGCAUCGUUCUAGCCGGUAUUGGCUUUGGAAAGGGCGCGACGCCGUAUUCUACGCUCUGGAACACCGCUGUGGGCAACAUUAUUGUCCAGGGUGCCGGGUAUGUGCCCGGGUUCAUCUUUGGAAUCUUUUUAAUCGGUUGGAUUGGCCGCCGGACCCAACAGUCCUGUGGUGCCGCAUUAAUUGCGAUACUCUAUGCUAUCUGGGCUGGUGUGACCGGCACUACUAGCAUAGGAGCCUUAAUGGCUCUGUUCACACUUACCCAGUUCUUCCAGCUCUGCGGACCCAAUAUCACGACAUUUCUACUCCCUGUUGAGCUCUUCCCUACCCGGGUUCGAGGCACAGGGCAUGGAUUGGUUGCAGCAAGUGGGAAAGCCGGUGCUAUCCUGACCGCCUUUGCGUUUGGGAAUGUAGAGAAAGCGAUCGGCAUGAAAGGAGUUUUAGGUCUAUUUGCAGGACUCCAAGUCGUCAUCACUCUUCUUACAGCAAUGAUUCCUGAGACAAGGGGCUAUAGCCUGGAAGAUAUUGAGAACGACAUACCGUAUAAAACGAAACUCUUGAAUGGCCGCCCUCUUCAAGGGGAAUCAGCUGAAGGAAAGACUUAUUUAAUCUGGCUGCUGGACUGA